AAUUUGUAGUGUUAUGGUUGGCUUAGGUGUGAGUAUCGCUAUGUGUGCUUUAUUUUCUUUUGAAUAAAAGGAUGUAUUUUCCGUGAAAUAAAACGUCCAAGGAUCAUAGAGAUUACCAAAGUUGCUUCUUAAACGUCCUGUAAAAGUGAAACAUUAACUAAGAUGGAUGCGGGAAUGCUGAAGGAGCUGGAAACAGCUGCUCAACUUGUGAUGGAUCCUCAGUUGGGUACGCAGGAACAAAGGAAGUCUGCCGAGGCGAUGAUAAUGAACUUUAGGAAGACAAAGAAUCCGUACACAAUGUGUCGGGACAUUUUGGAGAGUUCAAACGUGGAUUUGGUGUUGUUUGAGGCAGCAGAUUUGCUGAAGAAUGCUCUGGUGCAUGAGUGGGAAUUUCUGCAGGAGCAAGAUCGUGUGGCAAUGAGGCAGUAUUUGCUGAAUUAUGUUAUGAAUAGGGAGAUGAAGCCUUUUGUGCGGGAGAGGAUUUUACUGGUGGUGGCAAUUAUGAUCAAGAGAGCGAGUAUUGUGGAUUUUGGGGCGGAGCGACAGGCUAUACUGACGGAAUUUGAGCAGAUUAUUUUAGAGGGUGAACCUAAGCAGCAGUAUUUGGUGUGUAGGGUACUCAUGGCCAUGAUGCAGGAAUAUAUGACGACAAUCAAGAGUGAUGAUUCGGGAUUGACUUUUGAAGAUCAUUUUCGGGCUAAGAAACAAUUUGAGGGGACAUCACUUCAGAAGAUAUUCUUGGUGAUCUUCAAGGCUAUUGAGAAACUCAAUGGGAAUUUUGAUAUGAACAAUAGCAUGCAGUUGCAUUUGUGUCUGGAGUAUCUGUCAAUCAUUGAGAUUAUUCUCUCCUGGGGCUACAUUUCAGCUUCGCCGAUUUUUUCAAAACGCCUCAUUGGAUUGUUUGAAAUGGCUGCUAAGAUUGAGCAGAUUCCAUCGUUGAGGCUCAAUCUUCAGUGGGAGGCUACUAUGUUGGAGCCGAAAGUGGUUAAGUUGUUUUUUGAUAUUUAUUGGAAGUGUCGUUGUCAUCAGGAUUUGCAGAUUAAAGCGGCAAAUUGUCUGGUACAGUUGGCAACGCUCAAUGGACCAAUUAUGGAAAAGAAGGAGAAUAAGGUGAAGUAUGUGGUGAAUUAUUUCACCAAUUACCUUCAGCUCCUGUCCAGUAUUGAGCUGAAGCGUGAAGAGGCCAUGCCACUCACUGUUAUUGUCCGGAAAUUGCUAUUUUACAAUCAUCAGCCGAGUUUAGAGGAAUUCCCGCAGGAUCUUGUGGCUGCUGUGCUGCAGAGAGUCUUCCAGCUGACGUGUACGAUGGCUGAGAGGUUGGUUCAGGAAGACAUAGGUACAACACCCGAUGAGGACACUGUCUACUUCGAGGGCUACACAAAUCUCAUGGAAACUUGGUUGACCAUUCUUCAUGGAAAGGAAUCCCUCCCGGCUGGCGUCCUGACUCCGUAUCUCAUGGAGAUUUUCAACAAGUUCCUUCAGUCCCACCUCUCGCCGCCAGAUGGCGUUCGGCCUCUGGUCAAGGCGGAUUUUGAGGAGAUGUUCGACUGCGAUGUCAACGAUAGGGAGCGGUAUCGGGAACAAUUGAUCAUUAUAGGGACAUUUGGGAGGGAAUUCCCUCAGCAUUCCCUGACAGUUCUGGCCAAAUUGCUCGAAGGAAAGAUCCAAACGCUGCGUGAGCAUUUGCAACAGAUGCACAGCAAUAUGCCGCACGUAGGAUCUCAGGAGAUCCUUUCGACUCUCCAUGAAGAUAUUCACUGGCUGUUUUUGAUCUCGGGCCAUGUGCUGUGCACAGAAAAUGAAGGGGAACAAUCCCUAAUUCCCAGUGAGAUCAUGGAAUACAGCAUUCAGCAGGUGACAACGGGAGGAGCAGAUAUAACAACAAGUCUCAAAGUUCUGGCAUCUCCAGGAGCUAGUAUCUUCGAAAUUCCCACCGCCGAACAAACAGCAGAUCAUGUAAUCCGUAUUGUAGCUUCUGUGCUGAGAUACUGUGAAAUUGAGCAGGGUGCCAUUGAGGCCAAAAUGACACAUUGCCUGAGUCCGGAAGUUAGUGGAUCAGCUGUGUGGUUCCUCAAAUUCUGGGCUAAAUCCUACCUAUUGCCACAGCCGGAGAAUUACACCAAAAUGAGCGAAACACUCAAAUCAGCCUUCGGAUUGAAUACUCCAGGUGGUGAAUGGACAAUGAAUUACCUCCUCAAGAAGAUCUACAUCAAUGUUCAGAGUUUUACCGGAGAAGAAGCUCUAAUUGAUGAUUCAAUCAAACUACUCGUGUCUCUCGUCGCGCGGAAUCACAAAUGCGAUGUUGCAUUCAAAUCUGUUUGUUUCAAAUCUCUCGUUGAACUGAAGAAUCUACCGCUCUCCAUGAGGAUCAAAAGUGGCCUCCUGAUGAGUCUCAUAGUAACAGCAUCGUGCAUUGAGGAUAAAUCUCUGCGUGAACAGUAUCUAAUUGAGCUAAUACAGCCAAUUUGUGCCAAUUUUGCCCAGAUAACAAGUGGCAGUGAGACACGCAAUAAUCCAAUUUUUGUCGAGAAAAUUCUCUACAGUUUGAGUGAGGUCAAGGCAUGCUUUGAAGGUGGUGCAAUGUCUACUAUGCCAUUUGUUUUUGAACGAUUUGAGCCUGUUUUGAAGGCUCUCGUCAAUCUUCUGGACUAUCUCCAUAAUUCAACUGCCAUUGUGGAAAUGGUACUAGAGUUACUCUGCAAAGUUGUCCAGGCAACCUUCUUCCUCUAUCCCGAUGACACACAGAAGAUCUAUGAAGUGUGCAUGGGAGUGUUGCAGGUUUAUGUGAAGCACAACACCAAUAGAUUUAGUAUUGAUGUGACAAAUGAAGAAGAUAAUCUUCAAGAUCUUCUGCUACUGCUCAAACUCAUGAAUUAUCUGCUCUCCAAGAACUUUUUCGAGUUUACUGAUACUGCCAGUACGAUUGACAGUUCGGAAUUUGUGAUCUACGGCCUAACAUUUCUCAUGCCAAUGAUCACUACUGAUCUGCUAAAGUAUCCAAAUUUCUGCCUUCAAUUCUAUCAAACCAUCAGCUUCUUCGUGGAGACCAAGUCUCAUAAGGUGUGCACUCUUCAUCCAGAGCUUCUGACAAAAUUGAUGUCUGCUAUUGAAAUGGGUUUGACUUCUUUUGGCUCUGAAGUGCAAUCCUCUUGCCUGGAUUUCCUACAGAUCAUGGGCAAUACGGUGUACUUUGAUCAGAAUCCAGAGUCCUUCAUGUACUCGGCUCUGAUGCCUUUUCUCAAGCUUCUGUUGGACCUGAUUUUAGGUCAGCAAGUGGAUUCGGUGAAUAAAACAGAGUGCAGCAAGGCACUGUUUUCCCUCAUAUGCUGCUACAAGGAGAAAUUUGUUGAAUUGGUGGGCAGUAUUUUGCAGUCACAGACCAAUCCGGUUCAUGCUGAGAAACUCUCAACGGAAUUCCGUGAGUUGACCAAUAAUGUGGAUUUGGUGAACAAUCGCUUCUCACAGUUUAGAUUUACGGAGAGAUUUGACAAAUUCCUCGUCAACAUUGGAUUCUUGUAUUGAAACUUAUUAGCUGUCGGAAACAUUCAACAAAUUUGUCUGCAGUAUCGUCCGUUUUUUUUUAAAUAAACGAAUUUUUGUGAACUUUAAUGAAAAUAUAAAAGAAUGAGUGGAAAAUCAA